UGAAGACAAAAAUAUAAGAUGGAGUGGAGCUCUCUAGAACUCACACUCAUUUCGUGCAGGGGUCUCAAAGCCUUCAAUUUUUUCCAGAAGCUUUCAGUCUACUCUGUUGUAUAUAUUGUGGAUGAAGAACAGAACAAGAAAGAGCAACAGCAAAAACGUCUGCAGCGUCGGAAAACGCCCAUCGCCAGACGUGAAGGAGGGAACCCUGAAUGGAAUCACCUGUUGCACUUUGAUCUCAGAAGCUUAUCUCACGACCACCGUGAUAAUCUUUUUCUCAGGUUCGAUUUGCGAUGUGAAGGGUUGGUAAAUAGAACUAUUGGCGAAGUUUGGGUUCCAAUGAAGGACCUCAUAGAUGAGUUCGACAAGGCUUUGAGGUUUGUGAGUUAUCAGGUGAGAAGCUGUGAUGGAAAGGCUAAUGGGGUGCUGAAUUUUUCAUACAAGUUGGUUGGGAGCACCAAAAAGCUAGUAAAGGACCAUACGAAA